CCCAGACUGGGUAGGCUGAGAAAUGUUUACCCCAGCUGUCCUUCUGCCAUGUCACUUACUUGUUUUGGAUGCAGGCCGGAGAUGACACAGGUACUGCUUCAUGGACACAUUAAGUUGAUGGAUGUGUUUUUGCAGAAGUCUGGGUCUGAUAACAACACAAAGCUGAACAUACAGAGUUGCUUUUUGUAGACUGCCAUCUUGUUACUGGAUUGGAUUUUAUGUGCAUUUUCUGAGAAUCAUUUAUCUUUUAUAUUCUACUGAAGAUGUCUUAACAUGGAGUUCCCCCUUCAGGAUGAGCGACAGUCCUGUGUACUCAUGUAAAUACAUCUGCCUCUUAUACUGGAAGUUUUUCUUUUGGGCAAGAGGAACAUACCCCACUGGUUGCCUUGAGAACCCUUUUUUCUUCUGAUUCAUGAGCCAGCAGGAUGCGGUCACUGUGCUGUCAGAACGCCUUCUUAUAGCAGCACACAAAGGCCAGUUGGAUAAUGUGGUGAAGCUUAUCAACAAGGGUGCAAAAGUAGCCGUUACCAAGCACGGCCGUACCCCUCUUCACCUUGCUGCCUACAAAGGACACGUUGGUGUUGUGAGCAUUUUGCUGAAAGCAGGCUGUGAUCUUGACAUUCAAGAUGAUAAUGACCAGACUGCUCUUCAUCGGGCUGCAGUGGUCGGAAACACAGAGGUUAUUGCUGCUCUUAUUCAGGAAGGAUGUGCCUUGGAUCGUCAAGACAAGGAUGGUAACACAGCUCUACAUGAAGUUGCCUGGCAUGGAUUCAGCCAGUCUGUUAAACUGCUAGUCAAAGCAGGAGUAAAUGUUCUUGCAAAAAAUAAGGCAGGUAACACUCCUCUUCACCUUGCUUGCCAGAAUGGUCAUGCCCAGAGUACACGGAUCCUCCUGUUGGCUGGCUCCAGGGCAGAAAUCAAAAACAAUGCUGGAGAUACCUGUUUGCACAUUGCUACUCGCUAUAACCAUUUGUCCAUUAUUAGAAUCCUCCUCAGUGCAUUCUGCUCUGUCAGUGAAAAGAACCAGGCAGGAGACACCCCACUUCACAUUGCAGCUGCUCAAAACCAUAAAAAGAUAGCCAAAAUUAUUCUGGAAGCAGGGGCAGAUGGGGCUGCAGUUAACAAUGCAUCAAUGACUCCACUGGACACAGCUCGGUAUCAUAACAACCCAGAAACUGCACUUCUGCUCACCAGAGCUCCCCAGAUAAUGACCUUCAGUCGUGGAAGAAGCAUGAGGAAAAAGAGAGAGAAACUGAAAGAAGAAAGACGGGCCCAGUCCUGCCCCAGGGAUGAAGUGGCAAAGAGCAAGGGUAGUGUGUCAGCAGCAGAUGACACCCACAGUAGUGAACAAAUACCUCAUAGGAGAGGGAAUUUCAGGGAUGAACAUAGCUCAAGUACACCUGAGGAAAAACCUAGAAAGGAGAGGAAGAAAAAACGUCAGGCAAAGGUUUCUGCACGGUCAGGCGCUAUUUCAGUUGCAACCCAUCAGCAAAGUAGGGAAGAGUCUCAACAGGACCCACAUGCACAAAGAACAUGCGAGAAACAUCAUGAUUCAUCUAUGCCUCCACAUCAGUGCAUGCCACCACAUCGGUUCAAAGCCUACCAACUCUAUACAUUGUACAGGGGAGAAGAUGGUAAAAUCAUGCAGGCCCCUCUCAAUGGCUGUCGCUGUGAACCACUGAUCAAUAAACUGGAGAAUCAGCUAGAGGCCACAAAAGAGGAAAUAAAAUGCGAGCUGGAGACUGUCAAGGGACAAACAAAUGCAAAGCUAGGGCAGCUGGAUCGCAAGACUCAACACCAGCUGCGAGUCCUGGAUAAGCUCACAUCUGAGAGGAUUGCAGCAGAAAGAAUUGAAUGCCUUCACCGCAUUGACCAGAGAGCUGUUCAGGAGAAGACAGAAGGAGAAAAGCACCAGGUCUCAGUAGUUGAUGAACUUAAAACCUGGUGCAUAUCAAAAUUUCAGAACUUGGAGUCCAAACUUUCAGGGAAUCUGCAGCAUAAGUCAACCCCCACAGCCACAGAAACUGCAUUCAUAGUACAAGAUUCAGAAAGACUCCAGAAAAGUGAAGAUUCAGAGUUGUUUCCACUGGGGCCACAGCCGGUCAGCUCACAUCAUUGUCACUUCGAUUUGCAAAGUGGCAUUGCUGAAGAUUUGGCAACAACUAAAGUGCAGAGUUCUGAAGAAGGUUCCACAAAAAUGUAUUUUGUUGUUAAGCAAGACAGCCUGAAAGAUGGAAAACAGCAGUUUUCAGUUACUGGUUCAAUUCAGGCUGCUGUGGAAUCCCCUCCAGCUGUAAGGCCUAAAGAGACCAGUUCCAGUGCCUCUGGAAAAGUAUGUCAGGAACUGCCCCCAUAUGAGUUUUCAACUUCUGCAUUUAAACAUGCACCCUCCAGAACUACAGACAAACAACUAACUGAAGCAUUUCACCAACAUGGUGAGUCUGGACAGGAAAAAAGAACUCAAACAAAGAAGUCUGUGAUGGGAAAGACUGGUCAGUCCAAACAUCGACACCGUCAGCAAAGCUCAGGACAUGGCAACCAGGAACAGGGCUUCCUUCAUGACAGCACUGGUCAGCCUAUCUCUGGAAUCAGAGAUGGUUCCCAGGCACUUGAGCUUACGCAGUAUUUCUUUGAAGCUGUUUCUACUCAAAUGGAAAAGUGGUAUGAAAGGAAAAUUGAGGAAGUAAGUAGUCAAGCUGAGCAGAAGGUGAAAGAGGACAAAGCAGCCCUUCAGGAUAGAAUUCGUACCCUAGAAGAGGAAUUGCUUAAGCUGAGAACUGACGUGCCAAAAGACAGCUAGAAGCAAUAGUUGUAGUUGGGUACAGGAGACAGAAAGGGCACAAAGAUGCAAUGCAGUAGUCAAACUGAUGGAUAUGAUCUAUUUCUGGAAUAGAGCUGCUGUCACUGGUGUGAUGGCUUUUUGUUAGACUAUGUAAUCAAGUAAUAGUCACUAAAGUAACUGGCAAGACAAAAUUUCCAGCUAGAAAUACAUCUGCCAUAUCAAAGUGAUCACAAAAUAAACAAUGUCAGAAUUUUUUUUUUCUUUUUCAAAAGCAGUACUUCAGCAUUUUUAAUGUUUUAGUGUGAACUGUUAACUUUUACAACUACAGUGGUCAACAGAGUUUUUUUUAUAAUUUAGCCCUGUUUGUUUAUUCAAUUAACAUCACUAGGCAAAGUAAUGUUUUGUUUACCCCAGUUUGUCUAAAACGAAUAAAAUGUUAUUGUCAUGUGCCAUCAGGACAUAUCACAAUUACUCUGAGGAUAUUUCUUGUACUUGGUAACAUCUUUGGAGAGGUAAAUCAUUAGGACUAUGUGAAAAUUAUAGUUAUCAGUGGCCAUUAGUGAUAUGCCAGGUAUAUAUGUGCAGCAUCCGUUUCUGUUGUCAUUUCAUUAGAUUUAAGGAAGAAAAAAAUGUUAAUUUAGUCACCUUUUGUUUAUAGUGAUUUUAAUUAGUACUUUCUCAACUCUGCAUGCAUUUAAAGCCAAAGUAAGUUUCAUUUUGUUGUUGCAAGUGUAAAUAAAAACAUUUUUAAAGAAGUCAGACACA